AUAAGCAUUCGUGAACUGAGAAGUCGUGGUUUACAAGCUGAUCUUCUAAUGUGCCGCUGCAAUUGCUCUCUCCCUCCGAAAGUGAUGGAAAAGUUGGGGCUUUUUUGCCAAGUCCCCAUUGAUCACGUUCUGGAGGUACAGGACGUCGACAUCCUCUACGAGGUGCCCAUCAGGCUAGAAGAACAGAAUCUCUCGAAUCUCUUGCUGGACCAUUUUGAUUUGCGCGCCAAGUCACUGGGACCGGAACCGCCUCUGGCUUCGUGGCAUGCUAUGGUGGACCAGAUAAAGCAUGCAAACAGGACAAUCAGAGUUGCGGUUGCGGGCAAGUACACCAAACUGAGUGAUGCCUACUUGUCUCUUAUCAAGGCGUGUGAACAUGCGGCAACGUACAUCAACUGCAAUGUCAAGGUUGACCUCGUGAACACUGAGGAUUUGGAGACGCCGGUGGCGAAACUAACGCCCGAUCAGUACCAUGGCUCAUGGCUAGCGAUCAACAACGCUGACGCUGUCAUCGUAGCCGGCGGAUUCGGCGUUCGCGGCUGUGAGGGAAAGGUCUCCGUAAUUCGCUACUGUCGUGAACGCGGGAUUCCAUUUCUGGGAAUUUGUCUUGGUUUCCAGUUGGCUGUUGUUGAGUUUGCGCGCAACGUUCUAGGAUGGACGGAUGCGAAUUCCACUGAAUUUGAGCCCAACACUAGUCAUCCCUGCGUGAUCGACAUGCCAGAAUUCAACCCCGGUGAUAUGGGUGGUACCAUGCGACUGGGAUCGCGUAGGACCAACUUCUUCCUCUCCUCUGAUGUUCGUAAAUACUUGAAAUCGAAACAGACGCUUUCCACUAAGCUGGGGUCGGUAUGUUUGGAGGAGUCGACUACCCCUGCUGGCGAUGCUAUUUCAGAGGAUGCCAAGAGGUCAGACCAGGAAGAACUGAAGUAUUUCAGUGCCUACAGAUUGGUCAACGCGGAUCAUAUUUACGCCCGUCAUAGACACAGGUAUGAAGUUAAUCCGGAAACAAUUCACGAAUUCGAGUCGCAUGGAUUUGCCUUCAUUGGUCGUGACGCAGACGAGGGCAACCGCAUGGAGAUCGGGGAAUUAAUCUACCCUGUGCCGGAAUCUGCUGCACCAGCGCGUACUCCCGGCGUUGUCUUGAAUGGUCAUCCCGAAGUCGUGCCCAACGCCCGCCAUCCCUACUUUGUGGGGACACAGUUCCACCCGGAGUACACAAGUCGGCCAAUGCGACCGUCGCCCUUCUUCUUGGGUCUUCUUCUGGCCGCUUCCAACAAUCUGCAUAAGUACUUUGAUGAACUGUCUGUCAGUGAAUUCGGAUCUGGCCACCUGCCGCCUCCAAGGAAUCGUUAUGUGCAUCGAUCCGCCGCCUCAUACUCUUACAACACUCUUUUCCCUAACGUCGGUCCCGUCACCUCACCGCCUUCCGUGCCAUAG